AUGGAUCAAAAAGUGGCCUAUCAGGAAGUUAAAUAUUAUUGGCUAUUAAAAGAUAAUAGGUCUCGUUGCUGGAGUCGUCGUUGGUACCAGUUUGGAGUUCUUUCGCCGUCAGUGCGUUACCUAGAGCUUUUUCAUUAUUGGUGUCGCCAAUUUCAGCGUUCUUUCAUUGGUGUUGCCCAUUUUGGUGUUCUUUUGUUGGUGUGCCCAUUUUGGUGUUCUUUCGUUGCUGGCGCGUUACUGUUGUUGGUGUCAUUCGACUUGAUCACUUUCGUUACCGGUAUGUUACUUGAGCAUCGAGUUUCUCAAUUGUACAGUGAAGUUCAGAAUAGGUGUCUUGCUUUUUUUGAUGUAUUACUGGAUAUAUUCGUUGUUG